CUGUGUUAUUACCGCCACAUUUGACUACUUCACUUCAGUACGUCAAGAAAAAUAAUACUGACGUCUUUUGUUUUGAGAAAGGAAUAGAAAACAUUAAGCCUAUCAAUUGCUUGAAAUCGUUGAAACUUAGUCAGUUUGGCCAGAAGCCCCAUUAGGUUCAGACGGAGUAAUCACAGGGACAUUGAUAUACACCACAUAUGAAGCCUAUGGACAUUUUCAAGAAAGAAAAUACAGAACACACACCAUGUAAAACCCGACUUAAUCCAAAUUAGUUUGAAAACGUGAUCUGAAGUUCAGAUUAGAAUGCUCCCUACUGAUUCCUGAUCUACGUGGCCCACGUCAUUUCCAAGAACGUGAUCUGACAGUGCAACCUUUCUUGCUGCUGUAGGAGAUUCUCCUGAACACAAUCAAGGAAGGCUUGGCCCUUGCUGUCUCUUACAAUGCCAGUAUCCCAGCCUGUAUUUGGAUCCUGGUCAAUGACUCAUGGCUGUGCACUAAUCUAAGCUAAAUCUCUGUGGGAGCGUAGAAGAAAUCUUCACGUUUUCUUUGAGGCCUUGUUUUAUCACCCAUUCUUCGAAGAUGUUACUAACUACGAGAACUUUGCUGUUCUAUUUGUUCUGUUGGAUCAAGUGGAGCUCAUCAAUGGAUAUUCCAGAAGAGGUUUUUAUUCAACAAAAAAUUCAGCAACCUCCGACUAUAACCGUCCAGUCGCCUAAGAGGCAUGUUGUAUAUCCAACAGACGAUUUCAUUAUCAAGUGUGAAGCCAGAGGAAACCCAGCACCGAACUUUACCUGGACUAAGGAUGGCAAAGAAUACGUUCCAUCCCAGGAUCCCCGAGUGACCGCAACCACAAACUCAGGAACAUUCGUAAUCAAAAACAGCAAUGGAAAUUUGAAGAGUUUUCAGGGAAAAUAUCGUUGUUUUGCCAGCAAUGAUCUGGGGGUAGCAAUAUCUGAAGAAAUUGUUUUUAUUACUGCAGCUAUCCCCAGAUUUCCAAAAGAGAGUACAAAACAUUUUGAAGUUGAGGAGGGAGAUGCUGUAGUAUUACCAUGCAACCCUCCCAGUGGGCCACUUCCAUUAAAUAUUUAUUGGAUGACUAGCAAGAUACAGCGCAUACAGCAAAACAGCAGAGCUUCCCAGGGGCUUAAUGGAGAUCUUUACUUUUCAAAUGUCCAGUCAUCUGAUAGCCGGGAAGACUACCUAUGUUUUGCACACUUUUCCCAAACGAGAACAAUUGCACAGAAAGAACCCAUCAGCCUGAUUGUUAUGCCAUUCGUACUGACCAAUCAAACAGAGUCAUCUGUCAGUUACAAUAAUUUGUCUGCUGCAAAUUCAAUAAAAGAUCGACCACCAAGAUUUCUAACACCUUCUGGCAGCAGCUCAAAGAUUAUUGCCUUGCGAGGUGAAACUCUUCAAUUGGAAUGUAUUGCUGAAGGCCUCCCCACACCCCAAAUCACCUGGGCCAAGAUCGAUGGUGAUAUGCCAAAACGUAAAGCCACUGAAGAGAACUUCAACAAAACUUUGAAAAUAGUUAAUGUCACAGAACUUGAUGACGGAAAAUAUGAAUGUAAAGCCGAAAAUGCAUUUGGUGUCGUUAAACAUGCCUUCUCCAUUACAGUGGAAGCUGCCCCUUACUGGAUCAAAAAACCCAGAAGCAAAGUCUAUUUUUCUGAGGAAAAUGCGGAAUUAGAAUGUGAAGUAGGUGGCCAGCCACAACCAGAGGUUCAAUGGAAAGUGAAUGGGAAACCUUUGAAUGAGACAAAGACUGUCAUUAAUCGCAAGAUUUCUCAAGGUGUUAUCACGCUCACAGAUCUGCAGCUGAAUGACAGUGCAGUCUAUCAGUGUGAAGCUUCCAACAAGCAUGGAUCUGUUCUUGCCAAUGCAGUUAUCAAUGUCCUGAAUCUUGCACCGAUGAUGCUGACCCCUGAUGACCAGAAAUAUAUUGCAGUUGAAGGGAAAUCUGCUCGACUACACUGUAAAGUAUUCGGAUCUCCUACACCCACAAUAUUUUGGCUGAAAGAAGACAUGGAAAUUGUACUUAAGGGUGAGAAUUAUUUUGUGCACGAAAAUGGUACUUUGGAAAUAAAGGAUGUCCAGAGUGAGGAUGGAGGAUUUUAUGUUUGUUUGGCAACUAAUAUAUUAGGCAACGACACCACAACCUGUAUGUUAGAAGUCAGGGUUGCGACAGAAAUAGUGCUUCCACCUGAGGAUUUGAUGAUACCAAAGUCUGAAGUGGCACAGUUCAAAUGUCAUGCUGCGUAUGACUCUGCUUUCGAAAGCGACUUUGAGUUAUCAUGGAAACAGGAUGGAUAUGAAAUUUACAGUGACCAAACCGAGAAUGACAGAAUAAUAAUUGAUGGCGAUAUCCUUCAAAUUAAUGAUGUAAGCGAAGACGAUGAAGGGACAUACACUUGUGUGGCAAGAACCUCCUUGGACAUGGUUACAGCUGAGGCGAAACUUGUUGUCCUUGAUGUUCCAGAGCCACCAGAAGAUUUGAAAUUAACUGACCUGCAAAACAUGAAUGUUAGAUUAGACUGGAAUCCGGGAGAUAGCCACAAUAGUCCCAUAAUUGCAUUUAUUGUGGAGGAGACCACAUUUGAACUGAAAAGAUGGCAUGAAAAGACAAGAGUUGAUGGAAAUACAACUUCAGUUACAUUGCAGCUCUCUCCGUAUGUUACUUAUCAGUUUCGAAUAUCAGCUGUAAAUGAAGUCGGCAAAAGUCAUCCCAGUCAGCCUUCAGAAAAACACACAACACCAUCGGCAGCUCCAGAGAAGAAUCCAAAAAAUGUAAAAGGAGAAGGAACAAAUAUUGACAAUAUGAAAAUUUCAUGGGAGCCACUGAAACCCAUUGACUGGAAUGGACCUGGACUGAGAUACAAAGUUAGCUGGAGACGGCAAGGGGCUAACACAACGUGGAACGAAGAAGUGGUCAAUAAGCACCACUACUUUGUUACGAAUACCUCAACAUUUGUACCUUACGACAUCAAGGUGCAAGCAAUAAAUGAUGUUGGAUCAGGCCCAAAUCCAAAAGUAGUUACAGGAUAUUCAGGAGAGGAUAUUCCUGAAGCUGCUCCUUUGAAUGUUGCCGUUGAGAUCAUGAACAGUACUUUAAUUAAAGUCACUUGGUCAGAAGUACCAAAAGAGAAAAUUCGUGGCCACCUGGAAGGUUAUAAGAUUGUCUACUGGAAAAUCAAAAGUUUGUUGGAAAGGAGAAAACGAUACAUUGAAAAACAUGUCCUUACUUUCAACGGACAACGAAGCCAUGGAAUGGUGCCCGGUUUGGAACCCUACAGUGAAUAUGGUCUGAUCGUGAUGGUCUUUAAUAGGAAAGGUGAUGGACCACAAAGUGGACCCAUUCAUUUCAAGACUCCAGAAGGAGUCCCUGAGCAGCCUGCCUUCCUGCAAAUUGCAAACUUUGCCAAAAACUCUGUGACUCUGAUGUGGGGGCCUCCGGCAAAACCUAAUGGCAUUCUUACUGGCUAUUUGCUUAAGUACCAGUUGAUUAAUGACACAGAAGAAAUUGGCUCUUUGAAUACUAUUAAUAUUACGGAUCCUGAUACAACCAAGGUAGUAGUCUCUGACCUUGACACCAGCAGCAAGUAUAAAUUCUACCUGAGUGCUUACACAAGGAGUGGAUCUGGGAAACUUAUUACAGAAGAAGGGACAACAGUUAUGGAAGGAGUUCCAGUCUUGCUGAACGUCAGUUCUUCUGUAAGUGCAACAUAUGCAAACAUCAGCUGGAUUCCAGGAAUGGGACAUGCAGCUUCUGAAUUUUAUGUUGCAUACAUGAAUAACCGUAAAGGUAAAUGGAAGAUUUCAGACGUGGUAAAUGUUUCACAAAAUUUCCACAUCUUAGAAGGGCUAGAACCUGGAACUGAAUAUACAAUCCGUCUUAUGGCUAAGAACUGGUUUGAUAACUCUAGCAUUUUUGAAGAUGUUAUAGAAACAAGGGGAAAAGCUUAUGCAGGAAUUCAUGGAGGAAUAUCUACACAAGGAUGGUUUAUUGGCCUAAUGUGUGCUGUUGCUCUCCUUACCUUGAUUUUACUAAUUGCUUGCUUCAUAAAGAGAAACAAAGGAGGAAAAUAUUCUGUUAAAGAUAAAGAAGAUGCUGGGGGAGAUCCUGAGGCCCAACCAAUGAAAGAAGAAACAUUUGGAGAAUAUGGUGAUAAUGAAGAUAAACCAUUGAAAGAAAGCCAGCAAUCUCUGAAUGAGGUGGUGAAGCCAACUGGAAGUGAUGACAGUUUGGCAGUGUAUGAAGAUGGCGGACCAGAAGUGCAGUUUAAUGAAGAUGGUUCAUUCAUUGGACAGUACAGAGGAAAUAAGGAGAAUGAUGCAGCAGAUGAAAAUGGAAGUUCUAUAGCCACCUCUCCAAUGAAAGCAUGAAAAACAUGUUCAUAAACUUCACUUACUUUCUUUUCGUGAAUUUGUUGUACAACUAAAUAUUUGUUGCACAUUAACUCAGAUUGCCAACAGGCUAAAAGAAAAUAGUUAAUCAGGCCCUAACGGAUGCUUAUCUAAUAUUUGACAAAGACUGAGAUGCAUGGGAUAUUUUGUUGCAGUCCACUUCUCAGUCUAAAGGAUAUGUUGUGCAAAAUCCAUGUAAAAUACAAGUGUCUGUAGGUUUGUAAUACAAAUGGCUUCUAGUUGCUGAUGAAGUAAUUGCUUAUAACCUUUUAAAUCCUUGCUGCUGUUAUUAGCAAAUUUGAGUCCCUUUGUUGCAGUUUGUUUAGGUGUCUUGUGAUCCUACAUGUUUAGAAAUUAAGAACCUGCAGAACUGAGAUUGAUAUCACUUAUGAACUUAAGGAGACCAACCCCUGGUGCACCGAUGCCUCUUAAUGCAAUGACUAUGGAAGCUGAAGGGACCACGAACAUUAUUCCUCUGUUUUUGUUUAGCCAGUAGAAGAUCUCACAAAAUACAAUGUUCACAAUUUGCAAACUAAAUUUUGUGGCUAAAGGAAAAAAGUAAGAAAUUAAUUAUUUAUAUGCAGAAUUCUAUUUCACAAAAAAGGUCCAGAAUCAUCCUCUGAGUUUACAGUGAUAACUGCCAGUGGAAAUCAGAUUUGGAAUUGAAUAUUUUUAAAGAGUGGCGUGCAGAGGAUGAAGGAAGUUCAUGUUAAAAAUGGAUGUGAACUUGUUUAACUCGCAACAAUGGAACAGUUGAUUUGUCAGAAUCAUAAAUCAUUUGUGUAAACUGUACCAUUGUUAGGGAUACACAUGACUGUAUAAUCCUUGUGUCUUAUUUUUCUUCAAUUAUGCUCUUUAUCCAAAGUUCUGCAUUUAAUGAUUGUAUUCAGUCACCUGUUUUAGUUAUUAUCAAGGCAAAACAGUGCAAUGUACAUUUUUGUAAUUAGGAAUAUGUUUAGAAUUUGGAGGAAAACUGCUGUUAGUUCAUUUUCAGCAGAUCAACAAUGUUUUUACGACAAUAUUCCUGCUACAAAUUCUGGGUAAAUACUUAAACAUUAAUUUUGUUGAUUCACAGCCGAUGUGUCAAUAAGAAGUAUCUAUGUGUCUGAUUUAUAUUGUGUGUAAAAUAGGUAAAACAUAGCUUCACGAUAUUGAACUAAAUAAACUACAUGUUUCCACCUCAGAAAAUUUGUAUACUUUGAAGAAUUUUACAUUCAUUUAUUAUUAGUGAACAAUUGUGAGGUUAUUGUAUUUGUGUCAAAGUUUUUAUUCGUAGAGUUCCAACAAGUCUAAUUUUUGUUCUUGUUUAACAGUGCAUGGUAUUUUUUUUCAUUUUAAAAGUAUUUCAAAUUGUGACAUUUUUGUAAAAUGAACAAAUAAUGUUUAUAUUAACAAAUUGGAGAGCAUUUGCCAACUUCUGCAAUAGUUGCACAAAACUUUCCAGUACUUACGAUGGCAAGAAGCUGACUAAAUAUGAAUAUGACAGAUGUUUUAAAAUUCAUGUUUUGCAGUGGCCUGGUUUUUAAGGAACAAUUGGCAUUAGAUAUUUUAGUGGUUAAAAAAGUCCGAAAGUAGUUGUGUAUUUUCAUGAGCCUUAUUAAACAUGCAUGCCAUAUCGCAUGCAAAUUUACAAUUUUUUUCAGUGUGGCAACAUGUUUAAGCUUUGAUUCAUGUAUGGCUGUGUAUCAUUCCACAUUAACUCCUUUUAUCAGGAUGAAUUAUUUGUGUAGCUACCAUAUUUACAGAAAAUCAAUCAUUUGUAAAUGACAGAUUUAAUCUUUCCAGAUUUGGAGGAAACAGUUUUCUAAUGAUGAUCGGGUUCAAUAAAAUUACUCUCAAUGCAAGGGUGUUUCUAUAUCUUCUGUAGUAAGGGAGUAGGCUUUCAGUUAGGCAUGCUUCUUUUAAAAAAAAAUUGAUGAACCAAAGUAUAAUUUCAAAGCCUUAUGUUUGUAUGGUAUGCUUCAUUUUAUUGUACAUUUGGACUUCAAUUCUACACAAUUGUCAGAACGGGCAUCACAUGCAAAAACAAAUGCAAUGCCAAUCAAUGCUCUUCAGCACAAAAUGUGAGAACAGAUAUUCAUUUUUAAAAUAAACGUAUGUCCAAGGGUAUAAUAAACCAAAUACUGACUGCAGUUUUCAGGCUAUUUGUGAACUAUUGCUCCUCAAGUUACAGCGGUAAUAUGUUCAGUAUGCAUGGUGUACAUUGCCCCAUUUGACAGUCUUGAUCACUGUAGCUGCUGGCUCAAUUGCUUACCAAUAUAGUCUUCAAUCGCAAUCAGUAACUGUGUAUCAUGAUACGGCUUCUCAAAAGAAACUUUGAAAACUUGUAUCAAGUUUAACAGACCAACUUUCAUAAUUUGUAUGCUCACUCAGAUAUUGUAAAAUCCCCUAAGAAUUAUUGUUAACUUAUUUAACUCGUAGUGACGUGAUGUUAUUAAACAGUCUGUAUGGCUAUAGUACUUGCAGUCACUGUAUUAGGUAGAAAGCUAUGACAAAUGUACUUCAUAGUCUAUGCCCCCAUUUUAAAAGUUCAGAUACCCCUUCAAGUGAUACAGUUGUGUGUUUUCACUUAAAGAAAAGUCAUGUAAGGUUUGCAAAUUCAUCUUUUCUACCUGUACAACAUUCUUGUGUUAUACGAGAUCAUCAUGGAAUGUUUCCGCGACUAAUAUGUAUUGUGUAAAUGAUCUUGUGAUCUUUUCAAACGUGGAUGUUUGUCUUAUUAAAUA